AUGGACUUGUGUUUCAUGUUUGCCAAUGUAUAUAGCUCUUCCGACUUGGGAUGGACCGUGUGGAGAUGUGUGGCAAAAAGGGAUUUGAACGUGGAAUUGCAAGCAUCACCGGUGUGUAGACCCUGCACAGGGUGGUGUUUUUUGAUCCGGGUCACGCUCCCAGGAUGCCGCGAACGCGAACGUAGGUGGCUGCAAUGCACGAUGUGGUGGGUCGCAUUCUGCUGUGCCAAGUACUUCAACCAAUCCAUUGGAACUGGGAAAACAGCAGCUGUGAGGGACUGUGAGGGACAGAUGUUCGGAGAUGCCGAUGAACCUCAAUCCGAGCCAAUCCGAGCGAACGCAAAGGGCUAA